CCUGGUUUUGUUUCAUAAUGUUUCAUAAUGCCAAAACAUACAAAACAUGCUUUCACGGUAGAAGAAAACACAUUACUUUUUUGCCGCACAGGUGUGAUUAUAUUAUGAGUGAAUACAUAUACUUUGAUGUAUUAAUCAAACUUGCCUCGAAGUCGAAUAAACUGUCCGCGGUUUACGUAAAAUCUGCCAUAACCGAUUCGCUAUUGAAUGUCUUUGGUAUAGUAGGCGGUCGAACGGAGUUGGAUGUAUUGAAAUUCGACGAACAGCGGCAGCGCAUUAUACUGAGAGUACCGAAGGAAUAUUACGUGAAACUCCGUGCUGCUAUCGCGCUGAUCGGAGCCUUCCAAGGUGUGCCGUGCAAUUUUCAGGUGAAGAAGGUGUCGCCGGUUCUGUUCACAUUGGUGGAAACUCAUUUUGAUUUUGACGGAGAAUCAACCCAGGUCGCUUAAGCCAUGUCGCUGUGCAAAAGCUACGGAAAGGAUAAAGUUAUCUUCGCCACCAAGGAAGAUCAUGCCACCCCAAGCAAGGUGGAGCUGCCGGAGUCGGAACCGCGGCCCGGUUUAAUACUGGAGAAUGGCGACAUUAACUGGAAUUGUCCAUGCCUCGGUGGGAUGGCAAUCGGUCCUUGUGGGAACGAGUUUCGGGAGGCAUUUUCCUGCUUCCAUUAUAGCCAAGCUCAACCGAAGGGUUCAGACUGCUACGAAGCGUUUAGCACGAUGAACGAGUGUAUGCGGAAUUACCCCGGCGUGUACAAACAAAACCUCAACGAGGACGAAGAGGAUGAGAAUGGGGCCGGUGUAGCGAGCAUGAUUGCUGACGAAGGCGAGGAGGAAGACGAUGUCGAUGAUGUGCCGGUAAAAACGGAAAGCGAAUCGAAAGCAGUAACGACACAGGCAAAGUAAUUUGUAUUAGAUGCAUCGAUAAUAUACUUGAGUGUGUAGUGUUGCAGUUACGUAUGAAAA